AUGCAAUUCUUCACACUUUUCAUCACCGCCGUUGUCCUCGCCGUCGCCGCAAUCGCGAGCCCUCCCGCUGCCGACGUGCAAACUUCCACCUCCAUCAUCUCCGAGGCUGAGAUGGCCCACUUCCUCGCCACCACCGACGCCGAACUCACCUUCAUCGGCGAGCCGAUCAACCCCCUCGCCAAGCGCGCCGCCCAGACGACCACGGUCACCUUCUGCACUAAGCGCGUUGGUAACAUCUGUGGUGGAACCUGCACCGUCUACACCGGCGGCGCGACGUGUCUCGACGCUGCGGACACGGUGUGCAUGUCCUCGACCAAGGACGUCGGCUUCUGCGACCAGACGGGGUGCAACGGGAACUGCAACGCGAUGUCGGAGUGUGGCACGCAGAUGGGCAGCGGCUUCUGCUUCACGCCGAACACGCAAUCUAUCCUCGUCUCGUCGCUCUAG